AGUGAACAGACAAGCGGACUGAGACGAGUAGAAUGGAUUGUGCAGAGCAACAAUAACUCACUGAAACUAUAUAGGGCACCGAGUUUUGUAAGAAUCGGAGUGACCAGUUUUACCUCACUAUAAAUUGCCUUUAUGUAACAUUUCCAGUCUGUAUCGGGGACACACCAGAAUCAGAGGCUGAGAUCAGAAAACAGAAGAUGAUGCAAGGACCACAGCCUGAGGUUGCCACACCACGAGCUGCGUCUGAUGGGGGGAAGUGGGUGCGUUUAAAUGUUGGUGGCACAGUAUUCCUCACUACAAAGCAGACCCUGUGCCAGGAGCCCAACUCCUUUCUUUGCCGGCUCUGUCAGGAGUCCCAGUUGCUGUCUGAGACGGAUGAGACAGGGGCAUUUCUUAUUGACAGGGACCCAUCUUACUUUGGUGCAAUCUUGCGGUACUUGCGGUAUGGCAAAUUGGUAAUAGACAAGAAUGUUCCCAUUGAAGGAGUAUUAGAAGAGGCUGAAUUUUAUAACAUUGCAUCUUUGGUGAAAAUCAUCCAUGAAAGGAUGGAGGAGGCUGAGGUUAGUAAGUCUCAACAGAAACAUGUAUACCGGGUAUUGCAGUGUCAGGAGGCAGAGCUGGCUCAGAUGGUCUCCACCAUGUCUGACAACUGGAAAUUUGAACAGCUGGUGAAUGUGGGCUCUCCGUACAGUUACAGUAGUGAGGGACAGCCUGAGUUUCUUUGUGUGGUAUCCAGGGAGCUACAGAACAAGUUGAAGAUAUGUGGGCCUGAGGCUUGCUGCACCGCACAGAGCUGUGAUAUUGCACAGGAUGAAGAGAAUAUAUUGAGCACAGUCUGUAUUGUCCUUCAGGAGAGGGAAGGAGACAGCAGACAGUAACGCAUGUGAGUGUCUGACAUUAUCUUCAGUGGUCAUUGCCCUCCAGUCUCUUCCUUUGUCUGUGAAUACCUCUAAUAAAGCACACAUUUUUACACCAA